AUGUCGACCGCCACCAAGAAAACCGCUCUCAUCACGGACAGCACGCGCAGCAUCGGCCUCGCUCUCGCGGAAUACUACACCAAGAACGGCUGGAACGUCAUCGGCACGGCUCGAGCCAAUAGCAACACUGAUGAGGUCGCAGCUCUGUCGCCCUUCAAGAUCGUGAUGCUGGACACGAGUGACGAAGCCUCGAUUCUCGAAGCCGCGCGUCAACUGGAGGGCGUCCCAAUCGAUCUCCUCAUCAACAACGCUGGGAUCUGGGUGCCCGACGACUUCCAAGCGGCCACCAAGGACGCGUUCAUGCGCCAGUUCGAGGUCAACGCAGUCAGUCCGUUCCUGGUGACCCGCGCGCUUUUACUCAAUCUGGAACUGGCCGCGAAGACGAACGAAUCGGCGUACGUCACGCAAAUCUCGUCGCUCGUGGGGAGUAUCGGCAGUAACACCACGGAAACUAAGGACUUCUUCAGUAAAGCGUACGGGUACACGGCGUCCAAGGCUGCACUGAAUAUGGUCACGCGCUCGCUGGCUGUCGGACUGCGUGCAAGCAACAUUGGCUUCGUGACGCUGCACCCUGGCUACGUGGCCACGGACAUGAAUGGCCACCAAGGCUACAUGGAGCCCUCAGAAUCAGCCGAAGCCAUGGCGAAGAUCGUGGCGAAUUUGUCGCUGGAGGACACGGGGAAGUUCUUCAAUGCGGACGAUCAGUACCCAGUCUACGAGCUUCCGUGGGAACAGGGCGUGACGUAG